UCGACGUCGAGUAGAGACGUCUGUUAGCCUCGGUUACUUCCGCAUCUCCUACCCCAUCCGCCUCGAUCUCACUCGAUAAGCGACAUCUCGGUGCAUCGCUGAGGAGAGAUGCCGUCGUUGAGGACUUUUCGCAUCGAGUUCGACCGGCCAGGUGCCACCUUCGCACCCGGGGAACUUAUCACCGGCAAUGUCAUCAUCGACUUGGCCAGGGAGAAGACAAUCCGAGCACUGAAACUGACGAUCAAAGGGGAAGCUAAUGUACACUGGGAGAGAAGGAGAUCUUCGAAAAAUGCCCGUGGACGUUCUGAAACCCGGACUGACCAUUUCCGAGGGCGUGAGCAGUACUUCAGCCUGACUUAUUUCCUAGUGGGAGAUGUAGGAGGCGGAGAGGUGCGAUUGCCGGAGGGAUUAAGCAGAUAUUCCUUCAAUGCCUUACUGCCUCGUAAUAUACCAUGCAGUUUUGAACACAGAAACGGCCACAUCAGAUACACGACGAAGGCUGUCAUCGACAGGCCAUGGAGGUUCGAUCACGAGUGUAAAGCCGCAUUCACCGUCGUCUCGUCGUACGAUUUGAACGCUCACAGCGGACAAUGUAUCGGCGUGGACGACGAAGUGUAUCGAAGUUUCUGUUGCCUCUGCUUCAACCAGGGCUCGAUUAAGGUGCGCUUCAGAUUACCGACGACAGGCUUCGUGCCGGGACAAUCGAUAGAGACAAUAGUUAGUCUCGAAAACAGGAGCAGCGUUGAUGUGUCGCGAAUUUGCGUUAAAAUAGAACGGUCUCUAGAAUUGCACGCAAAGUCGCCGUACCACUUGACGAAGACGUUUAAGGAGAUCGUAAAAGGAAAGCAGACCAUGGGACCGUUCGGUGUUGAAUCCGACAUUGUAUCGCAACUGCAAGUUCCGCCGAUACCGCCGUCCCAACUCGAGCACUGCGGCAUAAUAAAUCAGAAGUACAACGUACGCGUCACAGUUCAUCUCUUGGGCAUGCACUGCAGCGUCACCGGGACUUAUCCGAUUUUGAUCGGGACAAUUCCACUGCGCUCGACAAUCUCCGCCGCGUCUUAUCAACAAGACAUACCUCAACCUACGGCUCCUGUAAUGCCAUACGACGACCCACCACCACCAAUGCCGAUGCCAGCAUCUCCGGAUUACGCACCGCCUUAUCCGGGCCCUCAGGCGAUAGGUUUCACCUAUUCGGAUCAACCUGGCACUUCCAACCAGUGGAACAUGCCACCGCCGUCGUACGAAGAAUGUAUGCAGAGAACGGACAGCAUCAAGGAUCACGACGAGUCCAAUUACGUGCACGGCGCCAACGAGCCGUUCGCCCCGAGAUAUCCGGUGUUCAAUUUCCCAACACCACCGUAUCCACCCGGGAACAAAUAAGCAGAGGCAAAGUAGAAUUGAACACACUUCGUGCCGCCGUUACUUCUACUUACUUGCUAAAUCGUAAAAAAAGGACAAAUCAAACGCGCAAGUUCCGAUCAUUACUACCUCAUUGUAUGCUACUUAAUGUUUCAAUGUAAAUUGUGUAUAUAUUUUUAUACGUUGUAUCGUUCUCUGGUUUUUAUUUGCAAUUACAAUUGCAAAUACGUCAUGCCCAGCACAAGACAUCCUGGGACCAUCCACGAUACGCUUCUGAGAUCUUUCCCAGGACAUCUUGGACAAGUUCGGGGUGAUUUUGGCACGUUUCGCGCCGUUUUGAUCACAUUUUAUGUAGAGUGUGACACGUACUAUGUACAACGACGAAUAUAUAUUACGUAUAACACGACGAA